CAUCACUAAGCAUCAUAGUUGGUUCUGUUUGAUCAAAGUGAAAGUUUAAAAAUGAAAUUCAUUCUGUUAUCAAGUUUGUUCGUGUGUGCUAUGGCUGAACUACCUCGCUUUAGACCUGCGAGGUUUAGGUUUCAACGUCAGGAAUUAGCACCGACGACAACAGAUUCGCCAACAGAAUCGACCACUGAGCAAAUGGGACCAUAUCCGCCAUCAGGUUGGAGGCCUUCUGGUCAAGCUUUUACCUUGCCACAAGAUACUACACCAACUCCAAUGGACACAUACGGACCUCCAGAAGCUAGUGGACCAUACCCGCCGUCUGGAUGGAAACCUCAAGGACAAGCAUUUACAUUACCCCAGGAACAAACGCCGCCUGAAACUAGUUACGGAGCUCCAGAUACCACGUAUGGUGUACCAGAAAACACAUAUGGCGCGCCCAGUACUGAUUCAACAACAACUGAUAAUCCGGCAGUAGAAAAAUUAGAAGAGCCAGUAGACGUGCAGAAGAGUGUUGGAACAUAUUACGUUCUUUUGCCAAAUGGACAGUUGCAAAGAGUGGAAUUCGUAACAGAAAAUGACAUACAAAAUAUGAAAUAUACCGCGAGAUUGCAGCUGCGUGAACGAGCCCCAUUAUACGUGUUUGGACCUUAAAACAGUUAUACUACAUUAGAAUAUAUUUUGCAGUGAUGUGAGCUUUGUUACAAAAAUUAUGAAAUUUAAUUAUGUUGAAAUAAUGAUAUAAUGGUAGAAGAAUAAACGAUUAAAACCCCAAUA